AUGUUCCAGGAAAAUUGGACAUCUGUAAUAGAUUUUUUCUUCCUGGGAUUUUCCCAUUACCCCAAAGUUGAGGUUAUCAUAUUCAUGCUGUGUCUGCUGAUGUACCUGAGCACUGUGCUGGGCAACAUAAUUUUGAUCUCUAUCACUAUCCUGGAUUCCCACCUGCACACCCCCAUGUACUUCUUCCUCAGCAACCUCUCCUUUCUGGACAUCUGGUAUACCUCUUCUGCUCUUACCCCAAUGCUUGCAAACUUUAUUUCAGGGAAAAACACUAUCUCCUUCUUAGGAUGUGCCUCUCAGAUGUACUUCUCUCUUGCCAUGGGCUCCACUGAAUGUGUACUCCUCUCCAUGAUGGCCUAUGACCGAUAUGUGGCCAUUUGCAACCCCCUGAGAUACCCUCUCAUCAUGAACAAGAGGGUCUGUGUGCAGAUUGCAGCUGGCUCCUGGGUGACAGGCUGCCUUGCUGCCCUGGUAGAAACAGUGCCUGUGCUGCAGCUGUCUCUCUGUGGUAACAACAUCAUCAAUCAUUUCACUUGUGAAAUUCUGGCUAUCUUGAAACUGGCUUGUGUAAACACUUCCGUGGUACAAUUAAUUAUGCUGGCAAUAAGUGUGUUCCUUCUUCCCAUGCCAAUGCUGCUGAUUUGUAUCUCUUAUGCAUUUAUCCUCUCCAACAUCCUGAGAAUCAGCUCAGUGGAUGGCCGAAGCAAAGCCUUUUCAACCUGUGCAGCCCACCUGACUGUGGUGAUUCUGUUCUAUGGGACAGCUCUCUCCAUGUACCUGAAGCCAUCAGCUGUAAAUUCACAGGAAAUAGAUAAAUUUAUGGCUUUGGUAUAUGCAGGAUUAACUCCCAUGUUGAAUCCUAUUAUCUAUAGUCUACGGAACAAAGAAGUAAAAGUGGCUGUGAAGAAAUUGCUAAUUAGAAAUACUUUCAGGAAUGUCUUCAUUUCCACCCUCAAAUAUUAG